AACAUCUAAAACAAUGAGGGGGAAAAGACACUUCAGUGUCAAAACCAUUGAGUGUAUAAGAAAGAACACAGUCAAUGGUCAAAACAACUGGGAGCUAUGCACAUUAACAACGCCAGGGGCAGCACUGCAGUCUUUCAGCGCCAAACACAACAGAAGAAGUCGAACUGAACCCGCCAUUCAGCAGGAUGAGUCACGUGGUUUUGUUUUGUUAGUAAAUGUUUUUUCUUCUCUAUUUAUUUCUGUAUUUCUGGCAGUAAAUUUAGAAACGAUGUGUAUUUGUUCCUAUUGUGUUUUCUAAACCUCAUAAAACCAGCGCGUGCGCUUCAGUGAGGACUUCCGGUCGGUUUGUAAAUUUAGAAGAAAAAUCCAUAAAAUGGAGGAAAUGAUGGUAGAAUCGGAGUCUGUGGAAAUGUCUGGACCCGAACCGGACCAGGGCGUCGCUGCUGCAUGGGACACGGUCUCUGCGGCUCUGGUUUCUCCGGGCUGCUCGGUGUCGGAUCAGAACCUGGCGGACAGCCUGGCUCUGCUCUGCCGUCGGGGUCUGGCUCCUCUGCUGGGGGUGUGGCUCCUGGAGACCCUGCAGAUGCGUCUGUCGUCGUCUGUGGCUCCGGAGUUCUGGUCGGGACUGAAGCAGCCGGAGAACGAGCUGGAGGAGCGGGGCCGGGCCUGGGUUCUCCUCACCGCCUUCAGGACUCUGCUGGACCGUCUGGAUCCUUUCCUGAGCGGUCUGGAGAAGCUGGGGGCGUGGCAGCAGGAAGGCCGCUGUGGUCUGAGCGGGCCCGGACCCAAAGGCCUCAUGGAGCAGGCCUUCACCACCAUCAGAGCGCUGCUGCUCUUCUCUCCGUCUCCCGUCCUGCAGGAGCGAGUGCUGGAGUUCUACAGCCGGACCUUCUCGGUUUACAUGAAGCAGGAGGGGAGCGGCGAGGAUGGGGCCGAGGCCCCGGACUGUUCUGAGGGAGGGGCCUGUCCGGGCUGCGGGGUCCCGCUGCAGCAGUGCUGGUGUCCGGAGGCGCUGGAGCAGCUGCAGCAGCUCAGCCACAUCCUGUCCAAACUGCAGCUGCUGGACUGGGUCAGCUCCGAGGCCGUCACCUCCAUCCUCCACAAGCUGAUCGAGCAGCGGAUGGAGCAGCACUGCCGCGGCGAGUACGAGCGCUCAUUCCUGCUCAACUUCCAGGAGUGGUUGGAGCUGGUACUCGGCUGGCUGGGGAAAGUCUUCGCCUGUGAGGGGUCCGGAGACGGUCCGGAACUGGCAUCCACCAGAGGUUCUGGAGCCAGUUCGGUCAUGAAGCAGUGGAGGUGUCACAUGCACCAGUUCUUCUGCAGGAUCUACGUCAACAUGAGGAUCGAGGAGCUCUUCAGCAUCAUCAGAGAUUUCCCAGAAUCCAAAGCUGCGAUUGAUGAUCUGAAGUUUUGUCUGGAGAGAACCAACCAGCGACAGCAGCUCCUCACUUCCCUGAAAUCGGCCUUUGAAAGCCGUCUGCUGCACCCGGGAGUUCACACCUCGGACAUCCUCACCGUCUACAUCUCCGCCAUCAAAGCCCUCAGAGAGCUGGACCCGUCCAUGGUCAUCCUGCAGGUGGCCUGUCAGCCAAUCAGAAAGUACCUCAGGACUCGUGAGGACACGGUGCGGCAGAUCGUGGCGGGUCUGACCGGCGAUGCGGAGGGCUGCACCGACCUGGCCUCCGAGCUGUCUCGAGGAGACCCGGUGACGCUGGAGAUGCAGGACAGCGACGACGAGGGCACCGACCCGGAGGACUGGACCCCUGACCCGACCGACGCCGUGCCCGAUAAGCUGGGCUCCAAGCGGCGCUCCUCAGACAUCAUCAGCCUGCUGGUCAGUAUCUACGGCAGCAAAGACAUCUUCAUAGACGAGUACCGAGGCGUGCUCGCCGACCGGCUGCUGCAGCAGCUCAACUACAACACCGCCAGGGAGAUCCGGAACGUGGAGCUGCUGAAGCUGCGCUUCGGAGAGUCUCACAUGCACUAUUGUGAGGUCAUGCUGAAGGACAUGGCGGACUCUCGCAGGAUCAACGGGAACAUCCGGGAGGAGGAGUCGCGGCUGGGCGAGGACGAGCAGCCGCCGCUGCCGCUGUCUGCCGUCAUCCUGUCCUCCGAGUUCUGGCCGACGCUGAAGGAGGAGAAGCUGGAGCUGCCUGCCGUCGUGUGCCGGGCCAUGGAGGCCUACACCCACCGCUACGAGAAGCUGAAGGCCAUGAGGACCCUGAGCUGGAAGCCUCACCUAGGAUCCGUCACUCUGGACGUGGAGCUGGAGGACCGGGUCCUCAGCAACCUCACCGUGUCGCCCAUCCAGGCCGCCAUCAUCCUGCACUUCCAGGACAAAAUGAAUAUCAAACUCCACGCACACAAUGAACGUUCCGGGUGCAGGACGAUCUCCACGCCCGCUCCUCCACCCCUCCGCACUCGUGGGAGUAUUCUUCUAAAACUCGUGGAGGACUGUGCGCUUGUGGAGCUUCUCCUGCGCGCCCGUGUGAAACUCAACAUUGAAGGAAAAAGCUUGGAUAUAUAUUUGUUUUUCAAAUUAAAACUAAAAAUGAAAAUAGUGGAAAAAUGACUUAUUUAUUAAUUCCUAAACAACUGUAGUAAAACAAAUCAUUUUUUAUUUGUUUUUAAAGUAUCCAUUCUAAACUUCAGGAGGAUCAUCUAGGUUGUAACUGAAUCUGUUGUUAAAAAAUCCAGUACAAAAUAUAGUGUUGCUGUGAUAACUCACAUAUAUAAUUUAAUGUUAAUAUUAGGUCAUAUAUAUAAAGUAAAAGGACGCCAUAGCAACCACACAUCACUAAGUUAUCCAUCUUUAGUGGGAGGGAUUAAAUAAGUUCACUUCUUCAUUUCCCAUUUCAAGCAUUGACUGUUUAGUUUAUGAACAGUAAGGACAUCUAAAACGGUCCAGGGAUGUAUACUCUCAGAACCAGAUUGACUCAUUUAUAGGCUGUUCCUGUGUUGAAUUAUUUACGUUUUAAUUGAUCAUGCUGGAACCAACGACCAAACUCCGUCUUCUGCAGAUGAAGAAGCAGCUUUUCAAACAAUUUCUAACAGUUUUGUUCUUUAAACUUGAAGCAUCUCACUUUAAAAAUGGCCGAUUUUAGAUCUCCGAGAUGGAAAACAGAUUCUUGAAACUCUUUGGAUGCAGACGUGUGCAGCUUCACUCCUGUUUCGUCUUCAGCAAAAAUUAAGGAUGUAUUUUUAAGACACUUUUGGUUUGUAACUAGACAAAACAUUCUCUAAAGAUUGAUUUUGAUCAGUUGUGAUGAUAAUCAAUCUAAUGACUAAAAUAUUUAGCAGCAGAGAUCUCCAGCUUCCAUUUAUGGCACAGUGGAGGUCAGAACUGAAA